CCGAGCUACACCAGCAGCCGUGGAGACCCUCGCAAAAUGUCUGCUGUUGAUACAUACCGCAUCAAGAGGGUGCGAUUCUUCGGUCGAAAGGUUCCCAUAUUAUGCCAAAACUUGAAUGGACCUUGCCCGCUCCUCGCAAUAGGGAACAUCCUCCUCCUUCAAAGUAAUAUUUCGAUCCAUCCUGACUUGUCCGAGAUUUCCUUCAGCGAACUGACGCAACUCGUUGCCGGCUUUUUGCUCGACUCCAAUCCUCCCCAUGAGGAUGAACGGAUAAACGUCAACCAGCAGACACAGCUGGACACAGUUAUCAAGCUGCUACCUCGGCUCCAGUAUGGGCUUGAUGUCAACGUACGCUUCAAUAGUGUCCGCGGCUUCGAAUUCACUGAGGAGAUGGCGGCGUUCGACAUGAGCGGUGUUACUCUGCUGCACGGGUGGAUCUUAGACCCAGAGGACAAGCACACGGGAAGCGUCAUCGAAGGGAUGUCAUACAACAAGCUAGUUGAAAAGUUACUAGAAUUCCGAUCUUUGACGGUUGAAGCAUCGGGCCCCAGGAAGCAAGACUUUGAUAACGUGGGAGCCAGGCAAAAUGUCCCGAGCGACAAAUCCGAAAGCAACGACCACCAGGAGGCAGGAUCGACGAAUUUCGCGAAGACUGCGGGGGAAGAAGAUGCUGGAACCCAAGCGCAACUCGUGACCAAACCAUUACAAACAGCUCAAAGCGUUGGCGCGGUGGUAGUCGACGAUGCAAGUGAGCCUUUGGGAGAGAAUGCUCCAACCCCAGUGAGAAGAAGCGAAGAGGAUACUGGUCAGGAGGGACUUUCUUCGGCAUCGACGAUCACGCGUCAGCAGGGUUCCGAGUCCAUCUUGCAUCGUGAAGAGGGGCUUCCCACAGACAAAUGUGCACGUGCUUCAAGUGUUACCUCGGAAACAGAGUCUGACAAGAUGGCGACUGCUUUGAACGAGGGGCAAGUGGCAGAGGAGUUCUUUCGAGAGACGGCGAGCCAGCUCACAUACUACGGCCUGUCACAGUUGCACCAGGAGGUUCGCGAGCGCCAGCUGUGCGUUUUUUUUCGCAAUAAUCAUUUCUCCACGAUGUUCAAGUACGAGGGUAAACUCUACCUUCUCAUCACGGACUUGGGAUACGCAAGAGAGAGCAGCGUAGUAUGGGAGAAGCUGGAUCAAAUCGACGGAAACACCGAAUAUGCGGACAGCGAUUUCGGCCCAAGCUCUCGUUGCAGUCUUGCUAGCGGGGAUCCACAAAGCGACGCAGACUACAUGCUUGCGUUGGCGCUGCAGCAAGAAGGUACGUCAGGACGGCCGAUCCCUCGAGCAGCAUCGUCUGAACAAUCAGGCCUUUCGGGUGACGAAGCGGUGGCUAUGGCGUUACACCAGGAGGAGCGGAUUCUGCUGGAGCAACGACUAGGAGGGCGCAAUCCUGCUCAAACUGUUGCGGUGGGAGGGGAAGGAGCGCCAUCGAGAGAAGAACGAGACAGGGGACGCCCAGCCGAUGCUGCACGAGGGAAUCGGUCAGAGAAUGGCUCCUCGUGUUCCAUUCAGUGAAGCUGUUGUGGCCACAAUGGAACAGAUGUGCAAUAUGCGAAACUGGCUGAACGCUAGCGUGUAUGGCGGAUACCGGACGAUAUUUUCUGGAUUCGUGAAAAUGUGUCCAGAGUUGUGUGCAAAUGGUGGGAUGGUGAAUUGCUGUCUACCCGAGAUAUGUAAAACUUGUACGGUACGACAUAUCUGGCCCGAAAGCAUCAGCUCGGGUUGCAGGUAGUUCGGUAUAACCGAGUCCAUCAAAUAUCCCUGUGGUGCAAACGAAGUUCAUCAAAUCUCCCCAUGUUCGACACAGGCGUACCAAAACCUACCAGUUGCCAAUCGCCCGAUUCCACAACCUUAGACCCGUGUGCAGUUCAUGGUCAUAUUUGGUCGAAUCACUGCUCUGGGCGAAUUGGGAAGCCUCUGGAAUGUCGACAUGUUUUCGUCCACACAGAUCUUCCCAACGCAUAAAAAACACGCCAGACGCAGAGCAACAAAACUUGGGUCUUGCGUCUUUUAUCUACUGAGUCAACCCUGAGCAACCACGGCGAGACCGCGAUAUGGCUGCCUCCUCUGGUACGGCUCAUGAGGGUUUACAACUCCGACAAGUCGGGAGCCUCUUUGCACAGCGCCACGAUCUUCUCUUCCACGUCGUCGUGGAAGUAACUCAGCUGCUUGAGGGUGAAGUAAUUUACAGGAAACACGGAGGCCUCGAUCAUUCCCUCGGUGUUGUCCAGCUUGAUCCCCUUGUCCAACAUGUACUUCAUGACGUACCCCAUCAAGUCCCCAACUUCGACCUUCUUUCCUGCAAGCUCCGAAUACUGCGCCAGCUGUUCCUUGGACAUCACUAUCCGGUGGUUUGUGGUCGCCUUGAAGUUCUUGACAUCCACAACACUAAUGUAGCCAGCGGGGGUCUCUUGCACGAACUGAACGGUGAUUGAUCGCUUCUUUUUUAUCGGUGCAGCCGCAGCAGCUGGGGUGUUUGGCUUGUCCAACAUAGACACCGAUCGGGCACGCCCCGUGCUUG